AUGGCCUCCUCGGCUGUUCAACAGACGCCAGCACGACCUGUACCAGGAAUCUGGCCUCAAACACCUGCGGCGCGACCUGGGAUACCAGCCCCCUCGUUCCAGUCCCCUGGGACGCCAUUCCGCAGGGCUUCCUUGGUCCCUCAGGCCUCUGCCUCAACUGCCCUUACGACAGCCGCCCAACCGCAUGAGCCUCCCGCUCGAUCCUCAAUUAGGCAGCCCGAAUCCCUCGAACCCCUUGAAAGAGCAUCCCGUACAAUCAAUGAGGCUUUGGCGAACCAGUCCCGCUUCCCAGAUGUUGAUAGUUAUCUCUCGCAGGGGUAUUCUGCCGAUUACGACAUUCAGUCCUCCACAACAUGGGCACCUUUUCAAAAGGCAGGGGUUCGCAGAAUUCCGGACGAAAUAUUUGAACAGUACAACAAUGCACAGCUGUCUACCAGCAUGGGGCUCUUCGCAGAGCUGGGACAUGCUUGGAUAACCAUUGACAAUGCUUUGUACAUGUGGGAUUAUACUUCGUCUAAACCCGAGCUGCUGGGGUUUGAAGGACAACCACAUUGUAUCCUUGCCGUCAAACUGGGGGUGCCUCGUGUAGGCGUUUUCCUCCCCAAUAUCAAGCACAUCAUUGUUCUGGCUACGACGACCGACAUAUCUCUUCUGGGCUUGGGGCUAGAUCUUAGUCCUGGUGCCUCCAGUGCGUUGUCCCUCUUUCAGACAGGAAUGUCCGUCUCAGUCAAGGGCCUUGAUAUCAGCGUCAUAGCUUGCUCAGAAAAGACGGGAAGGGUCUUCUUUGGCGGCCGGACCGAGAAUGAAAUCUACGAGCUGACUUACCAGCAGGAGGACCGGUGGUUUUCAAGUCGCUGUUCAAAAAUCUGUCACACCAGUGGAGCCGCAAAGUCUUUGGCUCUGACUUUCAGCAGCCUGGCGGGCGGUCACAAAGAGUACGUGGAGCAGAUCGUAGUGGAUGACAGCCGAGAUCUGUUGUAUACCCUGUCUUCGGCAUCGAACAUCCGCGUCUUCCAUAUCAAACCAGACGCCGGACUGCCUCUUCUCAUCACCAAGCCAGCGAGUGAGAUUUAUGCCAACAUCGGUCACAUCAUUACCCAGAGCGAAUCUCUCAACGUUCGGGUCAAAAUUGUCGCAAUAUCAGCCAUUCCUGCCUCAGAGGCCUCGAGAUACCACCUCGUGGCAACCACAGCCACAGGCUAUCGCAUAUACCUGAGCGCAACAAGUUCCGGCUACUGGUCAACGACAAAAUCUGGUGCGCCUAUCAGCAUGCAGGCUCAACACGUGAAAAUCCCACCCAUGAAUUUGAACCUGGGUACCUCUUCGACAGCCCAGGCGUCGGAACCGUCCAUCAACGUGCACCAACCUAUUAAAACCUUGACAAUGACUCGGCUUGCCGCGAGAUACCCCCCCGGGUUUUUCUUUUGCUUUACCGCCCGAGAUGCGAAUGCGCCCACGGACCAGUUGUUCAUCUCGGCCCCAGAUGCUGGGAGGCUGUCGAGACCGGCCGAACCUGGCCAGCCUAGUCGCACAAGUGAAUCCGCCAUGUGGCUAUCAUUGGGCAGCCGGGCAGAAGAUAUCGGUUUGGCUGUUCCUUACUCGGCCCCAACGUCGACGCCCGCCGGGUACGGCAAUGACCUAGCUGUGCAAUUCGACAAGCCUAUUCCGGAAGUCGCAAUCUUGACCAAUACCGGCGUCCAUAUCCUUAAACGGCGUCGCUUGGCCGACAUUUUCGCUGCCCUCAGUCGUCAAGGUGGUGGCACAGAAGGUUUUCAGAACGAGGUCAACAACUUGAUCCGUGCUUACGGAAGAACUGAAACUCUUGCCACCGCCCUUGCUGUCGCCUGCGGCCAAGGAGUUGAAGUGACCAAAGACGCACAUCCGGUGCGGGUGAACGACCCUGAAAUCCUUGAGCUCGCCCGAAAGACCUUCAUCGAAUAUGGCGGCAAACCAAGCAUCAAUCAGAAUUCCAUCACAGAUAAAUCUGUAUCCUUGAUCGACGCGGUUCGUCCCUCUCCUCGACACGCAGCCAUUGCCCUGUAUCUCUCACGUCUACUGAGAUCUACUUGGAAGAACGUGAUCGCGGUUGGGUCAACCACCCCCUCUGGAUACCAGGUCAUUCCUGCGGUGCCGUUACAAAAACUUCGGGAUGUCCAAGAGUCCUUGUCGGCACUGCAACGGUUUUUCAAGACCAACAAGAGCUUCAUCAAAGGCCUCAGUGGGCCGGAUGAUCUUUCGAGUGCGAGUACCAAGGAUGAUGAAAUCGCGCUGAAGGGUGAGCAUCGUGCUCUUCACUCCCUGGUCAAAUUCACAUCCGACACGAUCGAAGGUCUCUCUUUCAUCCUGGUGCUUUUUGAAGAAAAGGUGGCUGAAAUCAUCCCGCUUCUUCCAGAGGCGUCUCGACCUCAUAUGUUGAGACUGACCUUCGAAGAACUCUUUACCACGAAGACAGGCUACGAACUAGCCAAGGAACUCGUCAAGGCCAUCGUUAAUCGCAAUAUUGCCAAGGGUUCCAAUGUCGAGACGGUGGCCGAGGCUCUGCGGCGAAAGUGCGGAAGCUUCUGCAGUGCCGAGGAUGUAGUGAUAUUCAAAGCACAGGAACAGCUGAAGCGAGCGGCGGAAGCUGGAGGAAACGCAGAGCUGUCACGAAAUCUGUUGAAUGAAAGCCUCAAACUCUUUGAACAGGUGGCGCACAGUCUCCCGAGUGACUACCUCGAGUCCGCUGUGAAGCAAUACACCGAGCUGCAUUUCUUUGCUGGAGCCAUUCAACUGGCUCUGAAGGUGGCUCACGAGAAAGACAAAGCCAAUGAGGCGUUGUCUUGGAUGGCAGACGGUCGGCCCGAUCCAGAUGCCAGAAAGAACAAGUUUGACAUCCGGAGCCAAUGCUACGACUUGAUUCACGACGUGAUUGCUGCCGUGGACAGGAGCACCGAGCAGAGUCCUGGCUUUGUCGAUGGGCGCCCGACACUUGCUGUGACGAGAAGGAAUGAAGCCUACGACGUAAUCAGCCGGUCGAAGGACGAGGCUUUCCUGACGAACCUGUAUGAUUGGUAUGUCCAGCAAGGGUGGUACGACAGACUGUUGGCCACCGAGUCCGCUUUCAUCGUCACCUAUCUGCAGCGCAAGUCCUCGGAGGAUAUUACGUAUGCGGAUCUGUUGUGGAAAUACUACGGUCAGACCGAUCAGUUCACGGAGGCGGCCAAGAUCCAGUUGCAGCUUGCACGCAGCCCGUUCCCCCUGACACUGGAGAAGAGGAUUGAGUACCUGAGCCGAGCUAGAGCGAACGCUUCCACGUAUAGCCAAGGAGGCAACCGCAAGACCAAGCAGCAAUUGCUGCAAGAAAUCUCGGACUUGCUCGAUAUCGCGACCAUCCAAGACGAGGUCCUGCAACGUCUGAGAGACGAUCCACGAUUAGGGCCGGAACGAAGACGAGAAGUGCUCGAUCAGGUCAACGGGGUGAUUUUGGACAUCAACACCCUGUUCAACAAUUACGCCGAUAAUGCCGGCUACUACGACCUUUGCCUGAUGAUUUACCAGGUGGCCGACCACCGAGACGCAUCGCAAAUCAAACAGACGUGGCAACAGUUGUUACAAUCGGUGCAUGACAAGACCACCGAGGAUGAUCAGAUCCAGCCGUUUGAAGCUAUUUCCGAGGAGGUGCGAAGUCUGGGCAGCAAGCUUCGAGCGUCUGAAACCACGUUUCCGGUCCAUAUACUGCUACCGAUCCUCGAAAAGUAUUCGUUUGAGCAUCAACGCACUGUGGCGCCGGCCCAUUGGGUAGUGGAUAUCUUUGUCGACCUGGAAAUCCCACAUGAGCGGCUGUUCGAGGUACUGGAAACGAUCUUCUUCUCGGGCGACGCGCCGUUUAUUGGUUCGAGCCGAAAAUACAUUGCGUCGGAGCUCGUGUAUGUGGUGGGCAAGUGGUUCCACGAUUCCAUGAGAGCCGGGACGGUGAUCUUUGGCAGCGAAGCUGGAGCGGCGCGUGUGGAGGAGACGAUUCAAACGAUCUUGCAGCAGAGUAAGUCGGCUGGUUUGGAUGAUGAGACGACGCAGGUCUGUCGAGCCAUCGUGGAGAAGAUUGCCCAGCUUUUGGGGUGA